AUGGAUCGCGCCGGUCGUGGCAGCACUGCGGCAAGCUUCGAACAACACAUUGUACUCUUCGGUGCCGACCACCAGUUAUUAAACAUUUCGCCGCCGAACUCGCCGGUACGCCGAUUCACACGUCCCGACGUACGCCGCCGCUACUCUUCACCGCCGCCGACGCUGCUCUUCACCGCCGCUCUUCACCGUCACGGACACACCACCCCACUCCAACCGGCGCACCAGCGUGUCUCUCCUACCCCACCGCCGCAGCUCAUCGUCGCCGCCGCACGCACUGUCGUACGCUAA